CUCGGUGAAUCACAAACUGCCGUUGUACUCCAGGACAAAUGGAGGGUUAUGUUGCUGCAAGGUUGGAUCUAUUACCCUGAGGACCUCCUGUAUACGAUACAAGUGUUUAUAGAAGGGUUGAACGCUUCCCUGUCCAAUGGCGGCGUCGGGCACUGACGUCUCGUGUCGGCAUACCAUCAGUCUGCUAGACUUCACGCACUUCGCUGUAGGUCCCGCGCUCUUCAUCAUCCUCAUCCUGAGUCUCCUGGAGAAGAGGCGGAACCCUAAACGCUGUCGAUGUUGCGGAGACAGACCCGGCCUCCUGGUCCCCGUGAACCUCUUGGAUGGAGACCAGGACAGAUUCGCCUAUGCCGCUGCCUUCGGCUCCACCGCCACCAACUGCCUCAUCUUGUUCGGGGGCGACUACAUCCCCGACAACUCGCCCAUGUGGUCACAAGUGUUCCUGGCCAUGCUGGCCGUGACGGAGAUGGGAAUAGAUUACUACCCGUUCUUCGCCUGUCUGGCCAAGAAGACCAGCUUCAUCUGGUCACUGAUAGGCCUGGCCUACUCCAUCCUUUGGUUUUUAGUCAACCUGGCUCACGUGUUUGAAUGCGUGGAUGCAUCCGACUGGGUCUUCACUGGACAACCAGUGGUCAUCCAGCUUCCGGUGCUCGCCUGUCUUCUGUACCUUGUCAUCACCUUCUUCAUCCGGGUCAUCGUCGCCAUCUUGACAACCAUCAGAUCAAUGACAGAGUCGUACACACAUAAUACAGAUUCAACCUACCUGAUCAACGAUAACAAGUCUGUCCCCAGGUCAGCGGACUGGAGUACAGGGUUGUGGUAUGUGUUUAACGCUCGUCAAGAUCCAACAUUCAGAUACUCCCCUCGUAUCACAGUCACCGUCACUGUCGCCCUGCUCUGUCUGUACGAGUUUGGCCUGCUGUCGUUCUUAACAAUAGAGAAGGCCAUAGGUGUCGCCAAGGCAUCCUUGCAGAACGCAACUGUGUCGUCCAACAUCGCUACAGUGUUCGGGUCAGGGAUGUACAACCAGAUGAAGCUCCUGCUAUACGUGGGACAGAUGUCAUGGUAUGUUGCUUUUGGCGUGUCGUCGGUGGUAAUAGUGAACUACAUCCUCAGGAUAUUCGUCAGUUACAAGCUGCAGCUUAAACGACUGAUCAGGGGAGACCACUCUUUUAUUCCAAAGCACUGCUCUUCUUUAUCCAGGAGUACACUGGUGGCUCACAGUCUGAUGUAUUCUGGAUCUCAAAUUGCUUAUAUUUUAUGGGGCUACUACAUGAUGAUAUUGUCAAUAUUCAUCAUCAGUCUCAUACUGGCCUACCUGCUCAUAUUGCCUCUGCUUGGCUUUGUCUCAAGACUACUGCUGGAACCAUUCUGGACCAUCCUACCGACGGUUUUGGUGUCCUACACGGUAUACUAUCUCCAGAUCCUGGUGUCCAAGAAAGCUUUGCUGCAGAAUGAACAUUUCUGUAACAAUACAACCAACAAGGUCAGAAGGGUGCUUGCGCUGGACAACAGGCGUGUGUUCCACAAUGUGUCCUACUUCCUGUUUUUCUUCCACAUUCUGUUGGGUUUGUACACGUGUUUGGUGAGGAUUGCCAAAGGGAUUCUUCUUGGAGUUGUCUUCCUUGGGAGAAUUGACCGCAGUGGACUGGUCAAGGGCUUUGAACACUGGGACACAGGGUAUCUGUCGUUCGUGAGUUUCCUGCAAGUGGAGCUGGCUCACACACAUCCUGUACUGGUUGUGUUCUGUCAGCUGCUGAUGAACGGCGCCAGAGACAGAAGGAUGGCGCGGUUCUCUCUCAGUCAGGAUGGCCGUAACGGAUCUCCAUACAAAACAUUCGGUGACGUAGAGCUUCUGUCUAUGGAGUCAUCGUACAGGGUGCGGACCAGAUGGAUGAAGGCCUACACUCUCAUCAGGAACCCAGCACUGAGAACAGACAGGAACACGGCACAGGAGGACUGGAAACUACAGCACCUUACCACACAGUGACUUGAAGUAUAACUCUGGACGAUUCUCUGUGUUUGUUUUUACAGUCGAUCAUGCUCUUUUUACCAGGAUUUCAAAGAGCGUCAUACGGCUCUUGCUCAGAAGAAGUUCAAUCAAGCUUACAACAUUCAAAGCCUCAGUAAAGCUAUCAAAAAGUUGUAUGAUAAACAUGGGGAGGACGUUUCAAACGUUGAAGCAUCAGUGACAAAACAUAAACAUAUGCAAUUUCCUGUUUUGACUUGUACAAUACGGUCUGGAUUUCUUUUCAGGCUACACCUGGUAUCAUCAUUGUGACUCAUAAACACAUGCUCUGUCA